AUGUCCGGCCGUGCAGGCGGUGGAGCUCGCAAGACGUUGCUCGCGCCGAUUCAUUUUAUCUUCAAGCUCCUCCAACAGCGAUCGACCGUUUCCAUCUGGCUUUAUGAGCAAUUGGCGUUCCGGAUAGAGGGCAAGAUUCGGGGAUUUGACGAGUUCAUGAACCUGGUUAUCGACGAUGCGGUGGAAGUGAAAUUGGCUACCAAGACCGAGGAGGAGAAGCGGAGGCCAUUGGGCCAGAUCUUGCUCAAGGGUGACAACGUGUCUCUGAUUCAAGCCGUCCAAUGA